CACCCAGGAGCGCAGACGCCGUGAGCUCGUACACGUCUGAUAUUUUACUGCAUAAUAUGUAUAUGAAGAGGUCGCGCUGUUCCAUAUAAGCUGUGUUUCUCUCUGCAUUUCUCUCUGGUUUUGUGUGAUAUUUUGGAAUGAGCUGCUUUCUCGCCAGCGUCGUUGUCCCUCCAGCAUGGGAACUGCCGUGUCCAGAAGGAAGAAUCUGAGAAACGAUGCCAUUUCGUCGGUGGCGGCUAAAGUUAGAGCAGCCCGAGCAUUUGGAGAAUAUCUUCACACUCAUCCCGAGAGCCGGAACGGAUCAGAUCACUUACUGUCUGACACCCUCAUUGGCCACGACUCUGACUCCCCAGACAGUGUGUGCACUCAGAACAACCACCACCACCACAACUAUCCUCUGCAGGACCCCUCCAGCAGCAGCAGCAGCGGUGCUGAUCCCAGCCUGAUUAACCCCACACUGGGCCUCCUGCAGCCUCCGCCUCCGCCCUCCUCCUCUACCUCCCUCUCCUCCUCCAAAAGCCGCCUGUCGCUGGAGCGCAGCUUCUCAGCCGAGGAGGAGCAGCAGAAGUGCGUGGAGUGCUCCCUGCAGCCCUCCCGUGUCUACACCAUCAGUGGUGAGAGUGCCAUGCUGGCCAGCAAGGAGAGCCUGGAGCUGGAGGUGCUGAGGGGGGCACGGGAUGCCCCUCCUUCAACAUCUCAAACCUUGGGCCAACCUUCAGCCUCCUCCUCUACGACAUCCUCACCCACCCAGCAGCAUCACCACCACCAUGGUGGUGGAGGAGGAGGAGGAGGCGGCGGCGGCAGCCAUCACCAUGGCAACCAUCACCACCACCAUGGUGGCGCCGGUGGGGGAGGGACCAACCCAGGACCCAGUAGCUCUGGCGCAGGACCGUCCCAACAACAGCACCAUCACCACCACCACCACCUGUCCCAGCCGCUCCACAGCUCUGUCAGCGCCCACAACAUCCGCGGCUGGGGCGAGGCCAGGGAGUGCGGCUUAGCCUGCGAGGCCUGUUCCGGGGCACCGUCCCGCAGCCAGGGCUCACUGGACCUGGAGAGCAGCACACGAGAGGCAGGCAAGCAGCCCCGGCGGCCGCUAGAGCGGAUGUGCAGUGUGGACCGGGUGACUGGGCUGGACAGAGAUGACGGUCACUGGUACCCCAAAGAGAACAUGUUCUCCUUCCAGACUGCUACCACAACCAUGCAGGCGAUAUCGAAUUUCCGGAAGCACCUUAGGAUGGUGGGCAGCAGAAGAAUGAAAGCUCAGACCUUUGCAGAGCGCAGGGCGAAGAGCUUCAACCGCUCCUGGAGCGACCCCACCCCAGUCAAGCAAGACUCGCUCCAAGACUCAAAAGACAGUGGUGACCUGCAGGCGUCCUGUGCCACUCUGGAAGACGGAGGCUGUGAUGAUAUGGACUGGGAGGAGGAGAGAGAGAUGGAGAGAGCGGCAUGUGAAGGAGAUGAUUUCAUCCCUCCUAAAGUCAUGUUGAUAUCUUCCAAAGUCCCCAAGGCAGAGUAUGUCCCGAACAUCAUUCGGAGGGAUGACCCUUCCAUUAUACCCAUACUUUAUGAUCAUGAGCAUGCUACAUUUGAUGAUAUAUUGGAGGAGAUUGAGAAGAGAUUGACCUCUUACAGGAGAGGCUGCAAGAUCUGGCGCAUGCUCAUCUUCUGUCAGGGUGGUCCAGGGCAUCUGUAUCUGCUGAAGAAUAAAGUGGCCACUUUUGCCAAGGUGGAGAAAGAGGAGGACAUGAGCCAGUUCUGGAAAAGGCUAAGCCGAUUUAUGAGUAAGGUGAACCCUGAGCCCAACCUGAUCCACAUCAUGGGCUGCUAUGUGCUGGGGAAUCCCAAUGGAGAGAAGCUGUUCCAGAAGCUGAAGAACCUGAUGAGGCCUUAUUCGGUCACCUUUGAGUCACCGCUGGAGCUGUCCGCACAGGGAAAGGAGAUGAUUGAGAUGUAUUUUGACUUCCGUCUCUAUCGGCUGUGGAAGACGCGACAGCACUCGAAGCUGCUGGACUAUGAGGACCUGUUGUGACCCAGAGCAGAUCAGCGUCCCCCUAAGAAACACCCCAUCCCACCAGCUCUCAUAAAGAAGGACAGAAACUGGAAGCAUAAAAGGAGGACGAAGUGCUGCUGGUUAUGUGAGUUAGCCGUUAUGUUUUUCAGCUCUUCACUCGAGACCCUGAGCCAUUCCGGCAGGACACGGAGUCACGGCAGAGCACAGAGACAAGAGCGGGGAUGUGCCAAAGACAGCAUUUCCUGUUUGAGUAAGCAAAAAAAAGGACAAUACGGUGCGAAAUCUGUCUUCGGCGGCGACGUAGACGAAUGGAGGCAGACUGUUCCGUUUUUCUAUGUAACAUAUAUCUAUUUCACUGAGCUCUAUCAAAGACAAAUGUGCUUACGACAAAAACCAGUCUUAUGUCUACUAUCAGGCUGUUUUUCGAACCUUUUCGAAAGUACAAUGUAGACAUAAGAAGAAAUAAUGCCACUAAAAUAUAGAUGUACAUACAUCUCAUUAAUAUAUAGUGUAGCUAUAGUCAUGCAAAUAACCUAAAUGUUGGUGGUACAUAAUUUAUUUUUUGAUGUUUAUUGUUGUGGUCUUUCUAAUGAACUACUUUGAAUAACUCAGGUUUUAGCCAUUAAUGAAUAUGUUCAUUAAUCCUCUGUCCAGAUGUGUUUGAGAGUCCUUGUUAGGUAUUUUGUGUGAAGAAUGUAUACUCUGCUGACUUGUACAUUAUCUGUAAUCGCUGCAGAAGAUGCCAGAGAAGCCAAACUUCUAGCCAAACUUUAAAUAUGUUUCCCACAUUAUUGGUUGCAUUCAAACCCCUCUCUUUCCUCUUGGCCUCAUAUCUACAAAACAAACCAUUUUAAAUGAGUUUUGUUCAAGCUUAGAGGAAACAAAGCCAAUAGGAAGUGAAUCAGGUGCUUGGUGUGCUACGGUGGAUGCCAGACAGUUGUUGACCUCCAUUGGGACCUGAAGUGGCAGUUUUUGACCUCAUAGCUUAGGUGUAAUAUUUAUCUCCACAGUCCAGCUUAGCAGAGUCAGCAGUUAUGAGGCAGCACAGUAGUGCUUUAGAGGUGAACGAAUACUGAAUGCACUAAAAUCUAUUUUUGUGAAAAAAUUCAAACCUUGUUCAUCUAAUUUACUCUUACUUCAACUGUUGGGUCAUAAAUCCAUGAAUAUUAAGUUUGAAGUGAUUUAAGGCCUUAUGGUUGGGAAGAGAGAAGGGGAGGUAAUUAUUUGCAAGGAAUGUGAAGUAGAGUUCCAGAUGUUGGUAAGAAUGAUUUGGUAUGAUUAUUUUGAAAAAUGUAUAGGUUGUACAUAUGUGCUAUUCUAGACAUAUGUAGUACUGUGUAAAAGUCAGAGACCACCCUUCUUUUUUCAUUUCCAGUCAAAAAGUAAGUUAUGUUCAAAUUAACAGAAAAUUACACAGAAGCCUCAAUGACUAAAUGUAAUGUCAAAUUUUCUAAGUAUUGUCCCUUUACAGCUUAUAUUUUUUGGGGGGGAGACUUCUGCAGGGAGAUUUUCCUUGUGUCCAAAGUUCAGUUUUAGAAAUUGGUUGUAUUUCCUGCUAUUCGUCAUCCAAGUAAUCCCAAACACAUUCAGUGAUCCUGAGGUCUGGACUCUCAGUGGGUGGUCAGUCCGUUGUUCUAAGAACACCAGCAACUUCUUUAUAACUGUUUUUUGUCUAUUUCCAUUUCUCAG